CAGAGAAUCUAGGCUUGAAAGUUUCUCAUUUAACAUGGAAGAUGAGUUCUUUGGAGAAAAAAGCUUCCAACAUUAUUGUGCAGAAUUCAUCAAACAUUCACAACAGAUAGGCGAUGGUUGGGAAUGGAAAACAGCCAAGGACUGUUCUGAUGGCUACAUGUGCAAAACACAGUUUCAAAUAAAAAAUGGGACAACAACCUCACAUAGGGGAACACCUGCCAGUGUACACACAUGUCUUCCAACAGAGGAGAAUUUAGAGCUAACAGUGGAUGAUUCCGAAGUGAUGGAGUCUGCAGCAGCAUCCCAAGUGAUUAAAUACGAGUAUCAUGUCGUAUACUCCUGCAGCUACCAAGUACCCGUUCUUUACUUUAGGGCAAGCUUUUUAGAUGGGAGACCUUUAGCCCUGAAGGAUAUAUGGGAAGGAGUCCACGAAUGCUAUAAGACACGUCUGCUGCAGGGACCAUGGGACACCAUUACCCAGCAGUGGCGUACAUGCUUGGGUCUGUUCCAUUCAGUUGGCUGUGCUCCUGUACCAGCUUUACUCAGAGAAUUGAUAGAACAUCCUAUACUUGGGCAACCAUUCUUUGUUCUACAUCCCUGCAAGACAAAUGAAUUCAUGACUGCUGUGCUGAAAAAUCCACAGAAAAUCAAUAGAAAUGUCAACUACAUCACAUCAUGGCUGAGCAUCAUGGGGCCAGUUGUUGGUCUGAAUCUUCCUCUGAGCUAUGCUAAAGCAACAUCGCAGGAUGAGUGAUUUGUUGACAAGAAAGAUCUCCUGCUGGUCCGGAAGCUGCAGCAUGAUGGACACCAAGAGUGUACCUGAGGAGCCUUGGUGUUUAUGCAUAUGGGACUGCAGUAUCUCAAGUCACCAAGAUUUGAUGCAGAUUUCUUUCCUUGGGAAGAAACGUCUGCAAACCUGUUUGGAAUAAGUUGUUUGGAAGGACCACAUCGCAGAUUCAUAUCACUAUACAUAGCAAAAAUGCAUCUAAUUCAGUGACAUUGCAAUGCUGAAUGACUGUUCUCACACAUUUUCCUCUAGGCAGAGUUCCUUUUCUGUUGUGGAGAUUGAUGGAGAAAUAUAUUUGUGUGUGUGGUCUCACAAAAAAA